UAGCCGCAAUACGUAACGGCAAAAACCGAUUCUCCCGUCAACUGUCAGUUCUCAUUUUAGUUUCUGUCAUUCCUCGCCAAAUUUAAGCAUUUAUUUCUAAUAUCAGUACACACGUAACUGACAAGAAAUUGCACAACAAAACGUAACUCCCCAAUUUAACGCAUGUCUUAUUGGGGCCCGUACGAGGACCAGUUGCAUGGAGGUUUUCCAAUAUGUAACGGAGAAUAUGUACAGUAUUACAACAAUAUGCCCUAUUACAAUGAUCCCGGCCGCGGUAGUUUGAGUGGUGUAAACUCGGGGUACAGUUAUUAUGACAACCAGCCUUAUCAGAACAACUAUGUGGAACAAGCAGGACCCAGUCAGGUGACUAGUAAUUUCGCUCCGCAUCCCGCUAAUGAGGAAGUCGGGGCAGGUCAUCAUAACGAUUACAAUAGAAACGGCGGAAGUGUGAAGAAGAAAUCGAAUGAUAGGGGCAGGCACUGGAAUGGAGGGCGGAAGAACGAGAGGUACGGGAGCGGGAGGACCUUCACGAGGAGCAAGCCAGAUCGUCCUGAACAGAGAAGGGCUGGACCUGAAGUGGAUGACGGGAAUGCAGAGGAUGGAGAACCAUCUGGAAAGGGUAGAAGCAAUAGAGUGAAUCAGAGACAAGGGGAUGGGAAAAAUAGUUACAAUAAUUAUAAUAGGUAUAGGAACAACUAUGAUGAUAGGAAAAAUAAUUAUAGAGGUAGAGAUAAUCGUUUCGACUCAUAUGAUAAUCGAGGGUUUGGGAAAUAUGGGAAGAAUAAUGGGAGGAAUUAUGAUGGGGGCGAUUAUGGUGCCAAUGGGAGAGAUGAAUCAGCAAGAGAGAGGAAUAACUGGCGGGCGAAUAACGGCAGUCGGAAGUGUAAAAGCGCCAACGAGAAAAAGAAAUUGGACGCCGCCUCCCAGCGCGAGCGCCUCGAGCAAAUGUUAUCCCGCCGCAUGCUCGAGUGCCUCGUCUGCUGCGAAAAAAUCAAGCACACCGACAAGAUCUGGACGUGCGAGCAGUGCUACCACAUCCUCCACCUCAACUGCACCAUCGCCUGGGCCAACUCCUCCAAGGUCGAGAACGGCUGGCGGUGCCCCGCCUGCCAGCACGUCUGCACCGACAUCCCCAAGCAGUACACCUGCUACUGCGGCAAGACCCAGGAGCCGCGCCCCCUCCCGGGGGUCGUCCCGCACGCCUGCGGCGAGCUAUGCGAGAAGAACCGCCGCCAGUGCGACCACAAGUGCACCAUCCUGUGCCACCCGGGCCCCUGCCCCGACUGCCAUGUCAUGGUGGCCAAGCCCUGCGGCUGCGGCGCCACCUCGCAGACCGUCAAGUGCAGCUCCGACACCGAGAUCGUGUGCAGCGGCACCUGCGGCAAGCGCUUGGAGUGCGGCUUGCACACCUGCAACGAGCGGUGCCACUCGGGGGGCUGUUUGCCCUGCGAGCGCACGCUCCACCAGGUGUGCCACUGCGGCAAGGUCGGCCGGAAGGUGAAGUGCACGAAGGAGUUCGAGGGGGCCACGAGUUACUCGUGCGAGGACGUCUGCGGGAAGGUGCUAGGCUGCGGCAAUCACAGCUGCGACAGGAUCUGUCACGAGGGGGAGUGCGAGGGCUGCGAGAGGGAUGUCGACAGCAUCACGACGUGUCCCUGCGGGCGGACAGAGCUGAAGAGCGUGCGGAAGUCGUGUUUAGAUCCUAUACCUUGCUGUGAUAAAAUUUGUGCGAAAACUUUGAAGUGCGGCCAGCCGGCUGCCCCUCAUAGUUGCAAGCAGCGCUGUCAUGAGGGUCCUUGCCCUUCUUGUUCCCUCAGUACUUUGAUUCGGUGCCGAUGUGGCCACAUGGACCGCGAAAUUCCCUGCGAGCAGGUGACCACGAAAGCGGACGACGCCCGCUGCGAGAAGAAGUGCACUAAGAAGCGUUUGUGUGGCAAGCAUCGUUGCAACCAGCGCUGUUGCAUUGAGGUGGAGCACAUUUGCCCCCUCCCAUGUAACCAUCUUCUUUCGUGCGGCCAACACCGCUGCGACCGCACUUGCCACAGCGGCCGCUGUCUCGCCUGUAUGGAGACAAGCUUCGAGGAGCUGUACUGCGAGUGCGGGGCCAAUGUGCUGUACCCGCCCAUUCCGUGCGGGACUAGACCGCCUCCUUGCGAUAAACCGUGCUCCAGGCCCCGCCCAUGCGGCCACGAGGCCAACCACGCAUGCCACACUGGGGCGUGUCCACCGUGCACGGUGCUAUGCAAGCGCUGGUGCCACGGCAAGCACGAGCAGCGAUCCGCCAUCCCCUGCUACCAGGAGGACUUCAGCUGCGGAUUACCGUGCGGCAAGCCGAUGCCCUGUGGCGCUCACAAGUGCGACAAACCGUGUCACUUGGGGCCGUGUUCCCAACCCUGCAAGCAGAAGUGCCAAGUGAGGAGGUCCCAGUGCGGCCACCCCUGCGGGGCCCCAUGCCACCAGCCCCCGUGCCCAGAGACCUCAUGCAAGCAGAGCGUGCCCGUGACGUGUCCGUGCGGGCUGCAAAAAGGCAGCAAGUCCUGCAUCGACUUGACCGACGAAUACAAGGAGAUGGAGAUGGCGAAUUUGAAAGAUAAAAUGGCCGACAUGAUGAAAGAUCAGGUGGUGGAUAUCAGCGACAUCGUGAACAAGCCGAAGCGGCCGUCGGUUUUGAAAAUUUUGGAGUGCACCGAAGAGUGCCGCGUGUUAGAGCGCAACCGCCGUCUCGCCAUCGGGCUCCAGAUCCGCAACCCCGACCUGAGCCAGAAGCUGACUCCGCGUUACUCGGACUUCAUGCGCGGCUGGGCGAAGAAAGACGCGCAGUUCUGCCAGAAAAUCCACGAUAAGCUGACCGAGCUGGUGCAGCUGGCCAAGCAGAGCAAGCAGAAGAGCAGGUCGUAUUCGUUCGAGUCGAUGAAUAGGGAUAAGAGGCACUUUGUGCACGAGUAUUGCGAACACUUUGGCUGCGAGAGCGCCGCCUACGACAUGGAGCCCAACCGCAACAUCGUCGCGACGGCGUUCAAGGAUAAGUCGUGGCUGCCGAGCAUGAGCCUUCUCGAGUUCAUCCAGCGGGAGAACGGGCAGAGAAAAGUGCCGGGGCCGGUUCUGGCCAAGGGCUUGGUGGGGAAGUCGGAGAGCGUCGCGCUGAAGUUGCCGGGGAGAGUACCGAGGCCGAGCACACCUCCCGGAGAGACGGUCGAUUAUUUUGAUAACCCCCCGGCAUAACUGCGUUUUAUAAUGUUGUAUUUUCAUUAUUUUUGAAGGUUAAUAAAAAUUGCUUUCAUAUAAAA